CACUACUAGGCAUUAGUAUUCAACUCUUCCUUUCCCUCACGUACCUACCACCAUGGUCGGAGCACCAAUUUCUUACUCCGGCAACCCACCUCAGCCUCCGCCCGCUGCCGCUACUAAUCCGGCCAUGAAUCCCGACGCGACAGCGAGAUACGCUCUGCCGCCACCUCAAAUAUACGCCACACCGAGCGCGCCCAUCUCGACUCUCCUCCCAUACGGCGGCCAAACGCCACCUUACAUGGCCCCACCGCCGACGUCCGCGCCUAUCAAUACGAGCAACCUCUAUCCGCCCAACCCGGCGCCGUCGCCUUUCCCGACGACGACUUCGACUUAUCCCACCGCCGUCCCCUUCCCGCCGAUGUCAGCCGCCGCCCCGCCGCCGCCCUUUCCUCAAUACUCGACUGCUCCGAACAGCAACACAUAUCCACCCAAUCCGGUGCCGACGCCUUUCCCGCCGCCGGCUUAUACUUAUCCGUCCGCCGCUCCCUUUCCGCCGUCGUCGGCCGCCGCGCCGCCGCCUCCUUUUCCACCAUACUCGGCUGCUCCGAAUCAUAAUAAAUAUCCUCCAUCGGGUCAGCCGCCCUUUAGCGGCGGUUACCAGCCGCCGGCCUCCGGCGCGUACAUUCCGGCGGCGUAUAAUACUUCACAGCCCCCCGCCGGUUACGGUGCGCCCCCUCCAAAUGGUGGUACCUAUCCGCCCCAAUAUUGAAGCUCAACCACAAAAAAUUGAAUUAUCAAAUUUGUGAUUGCAUAUCAAAGUAUUUUCAGUAAAUUUAUUUAAUCAUUGCAAGUUUGUGAAAGGAUUUUGGAGUUAUUGAUUGAUUCAUCAUUAAUUAAUUGGGUUCGAUAUUUCAUAA